AUGGCCCCCAUGCGCUCCCAGCGCCCUGAGCUCCGGCCUCCGCUGAACCCCAGCACCGCCGACUACGGCUUCCGGCCUCGCGACACCGCGGAGGCGCGCCGCCAGGCGUUCCAACCGUCUCUUGCGCUGCAAGCCAUUGGGCCCGCGGCCCGUACUCCGGAGGAGCUUGCACUGCGUACGUCUCUGCGAGAGCGACUCAUCACUCCACAGUCUAUGACUGUCGUGGAGUAUCGCGAGAGGCUGCGGCUGCAAGCCCAGCAGAAGUCAUUGCACGCCAUGCGGCCGUACCCGGUGGUACUCAGCCCGGGGGAGGACUCGAUUGAGUACGAGGCUCGGUUUGAGUCCUGGGCCGAGCCCAGCCGAAAGCUCAGCUCCAUGGACGCUCUCCGAGCCAGCUUCAGUGAAGUGGAUGUUCGCAUUGAACGCAAGCUCCGCUUCGAUUUCGCGAAGGUCCGAGCCAAGCGCAGCCUCUCGACACUCGCCCAGCCGCAGACCCAGUUUAGCGCUGCGCGCUUCGCUUCUUCGAGCAUUCCAGCCGCUCCUUCCCGCGAGGGAGUGAACGCUGUGGCUCAGGGUCAGCCUCGGAGCAAUGUGGCUGACCCAGCCGCUUCCCAGCUUAUUGCCGGGAAGCGCGGGACGGCCGGCGUGCCGGCCUUGAGCCCUCGGGGCACUGAUUCCCAUGCUCAUCGAGCAGAGCCGGUGGAGGCCGCUGUGGGGGCCUUUGCGACUCAAGAUGAGCUCUUGGAGGCGCGGCAGCAGGCUGGCCACCUCCGGGAUCACAUCCAUGACGUUGAUGCGCGUCUGGGCCGGACUGCCACUGAACUCGACCAGCUCGCCGAGCGGACGCAAUGGAUCGAGGUGCCUCUAGAGGUCUGGAAUUGCCUUGCGGCCCUGGAGGGCUGGGCUCCGACUGCUGCGCCUCCUGCGCCUGCGGCUCUCGAUGUGCCCGCGGCACCUCCGGCGCCGAUUCUUCCGCGGCACUCUGCUGCGCGAUGUCCAAUCUUCCGGCAGCGGAAGCAGGUCAGAGGACGAGCGCUCCGACCUCCUCCCCCACCAUAG